AUGUCAGAAUUGAUUAGAUCUGUUAAUACUCCACCAAUCAACCACGCAUUCACGCCAUCCAAUCAUCUUUCACCAUUCAUCAUACUCACUUCAACAAUAGAAACACUCAACAACCCUAACGCAUUGGUUCAACUCUACGAAUCUUACUUAGAACCACUCAAUCUGACCAACUCAGAUGACUUGAAUAAAGCUACAAAUCUAACUCACGUUAUACGCGAAUGCUGUCUCAAGACAAUCACUCUCAAUGGCGUUCCUAAAGCAAUAAACUCAUUAUCUGCAAUAAGGGGUGUUAUACCUGAAAUAAUAAAGGAAAGAAUAUCUAAUCAACCUCAAUCAAGAGCUUUGACCAGUGAAAAUCUCGAUCAAUUCAAAGCACGCGGUGAGGAUCUCUGGGAAUCUAUAUAUCACCCAUUCCACGAAAAGCUGGUAAAUAUCCUCAAUCAAAACCAUCCAGAUAUGGGGAGGUAUAUCAUUGAUAACCAUUACGCAGCAUUACUAGCACCUCCUUCACCAGACAAUCCAAUCGGCCGUGUAGAGACAAGUAUAAUAGCUGUGGCCUGUUUGAGAACCCAAGGCGGCGUCAAACCCCAACUAUUAAGUCAUGCUUAUGGUCUACAGAAGGCUGGUGAGAGUGAGUUUGGUUGGAUUGCAUCCGAUGUGGGUGUGCAAUGGGUGAUUGAGUCAACUGAUAAAAUAAUAAAAUGGUUUAAAUAA